AUGGUAAUUGUUCUGGUUGAAUAUGGAGGCUACAAGAAAACUAAGAAACUUCAUUACAGUUACUCUAACAUCAUCUUUCAACCACUGUGCCGCAGCACACUAGUGAGCCGCUUUCCCCUCCCCUGGGGAGACUUUCGUGACACGCGCGGUGCGGGGUCCCCGCAUGUCCUCUCCAGCCACGCCCCGGGGCCGCCUCCAGCCUCCAGAUUGAUCCAGGGCGCUGGAGAGCCCGAGCCAAGCCCACUCGAGUGCUCGCCGGGGACGGGAACGGUCACGGCCGGGUGGGCGGGUCCGAGGCCAAGCUCGGAGCCGGGGCUCUGCGUGGAUGGGGAUCCCCGGCGUCUGGAGCUGAGCACGAGCCGGGGCGCACCCGCCACGAUGAUCCCGCCCGGGGACCCGGUGAGCGCCACGGAGCAACCCCCGGAAUCCAAGCUCCAGAAACUAAAACGGUCACUUUCUUUCAAGACCAAGAGUUUACGAAGCAAAAGUGCUGACAACUUCUUCCAACGAAACAGUGAUUCAAAACUACCAGGAGAAAUGCUGUCUGAAGACAGUCCCAGCUCCAGCCCACUUCCAGCACCUGGGAGCCUGACAUCCACCCCUACCCGGACUGGCCUGCACUCCAGCAGCAAGACCCACACCUUUCAGGAGCACAUCUUCAAGAAGCCCACUUUCUGUGACAUCUGCAACCACAUGAUCGUGGGAACAAAUGCUAAACAUGGACUGCGUUGCAAAGCCUGUAAAAUGAGCAUCCACCACAAGUGCAUGGAUGGCCUUGCACCCCAGCGGUGCAUGGGCAAGCUGCCAAAGGGCUUUCGACGUUACUACAGCUCCCCCCUGCUCAUUAAUGAACAAUUUGGAUGCAUUAAAGAAGUGAUGCCCAUUGCCUGUGGCAACAAGGUGGACCCUGUGUACGAGACCCUCCGCUUCGGCACCUCCCUGGCCCAAAGGAUAAAGAAAAGCAGCUCUGGCAGUGGCUCUGAUUCGCCUCACAGAACCUCUACUUCAGAUCUUGUGGAGGUUCCUGAAGAAACUGAUGGACCAGAUGGGUAUGACCUACGGAAACGCAGCAACAGUGUGUUUACAUAUCCAGAAAAUGGCUCUGACGAUUUCGAAGACCAAGCAAAGAGCAUAAACUACCAGGGAUCUCUUCCCAAAGACCCAUUAACAGUGAACACCUAUGUUGCCUUGUACAAAUUUGUACCACAAGAGAAUGAAGAUUUGGAAAUGAGACCAGGAGAUAUGAUUACUCUUCUAGAAGACUCCAAUGAAGACUGGUGGAAAGGGAAAAUUCAAGAUAGAAUUGGCUUCUUUCCAGCCAACUUUGUUCAAAGAGUACAAGACAAUGAGAAGAUUUUUAGAUGUGUUAGAACGUUCAUAGGGUCUAAGGAACAGGGACAGAUAACACUGAAGGAGAAUCAGAUCUGUGUGACUUCAGAAGAAGAACAAGAUGGCUUCAUCAGAGUCCUCAGCGGGAAGAAGAGAGGCCUCGUUCCCUUGGAGGUCCUGGAAAAUGUCUGAUUGCUGACCCUGCUCUCUUAACAGUGGGCACCCUUUGUUGAGGUGCCUUCUCUCACAGUGUCCAUCCAGGGGCUGCCACACCGACCUGGUCAGCCAGGGAACCGCCUAAAAAGACUUGGGAUCUGAUACUGUCCGAGAAGAGCCGUGGAACUGAAAGCUCAUGGCCCAACAGCCUACCCAGGGUGGGAUAGAGGCUGAGUCCCAACAGACCCAAGUGCUGUAUCUGGUGUAGACAAUAGGACCACCACCUCCUCCAAUCAUCCCCAGAUGUCUCUCUUUUACUCUCUUUGUGGUUGUACGCUAAUCUAGUGGAGGGCGCUGCCAUUUGCAAUGUGACCCCAGUGUGAGGUUCAGAUUCAUGGCACCAGGUGUGAUUCUGGUUCCAGAUCUUUGUCCUCAGUACUACUCCAUCAGCAUUAUCACAUGACAAACCCCACCCAGGAACCUGCUGCUC